AUGGCCUUGCCCUCCAGUGCGGUCAUUAAAAACAAGCCCAUUGGCACAGGUUUGAAUAGUAUACGGGGCCAACUGGUUUCUGUAUGCGUUAACGAAGGUCUUCCGUGCUCUGUCGAUUCGCUUCAGAAGUUGGAGACCGAAGCCUUGCAAACCCUCCCCGCCUCUUGUGUGCUACAACCUGUGAAGAGUGGAAGUAAAAACCUCUUUGGCGACCUCUCAAGACUUAGUACAAGUGUGAACUCCAAUGAAUUCGAUGUUGAACAGUUGAUACCGUUGCUGGGUGCAAUACUGAAGGAAGAACCUGACGUGGUUAUUUGGAAUAAAGUCUACAAAGCUGUUACUGAACCGACCCCUCCUCCACAGUCUCUAUCCUUCCUGAAUUAG